AGUGCAACAAGGAUGAGUAAUCAAUUAGCUGUCCGAUCCAUAGUUCACCCUAGGGGCAAGGUUGGAAGAUUCUUUUAUCUUGCGGAUUUUGUUGUCUUAGACAUCAAUGAGGACGCAGAAGUGCCCCUAUACUAGGAGGUCCACCGCCAAGGCUCUCAUAGAUGUGCAUGAUGGGACCUUGAUUUUGUGGGAUGGUGAGGAGCAGAUAACAUUUUACUUUGCUAAUAAUAUGUUUGCUUUAUCACCUUUGCAUGUUGUCUCUCACCGGGUGCACGAGUCUGUCGUGUAUCCCUCUAUGCCUUCCGUUUUGCAAGACUCUCCUCCUGUACCUUCACCACGACUCCCGUCCGUCCCGUCACCAAAAGAAAAGAUCAAGGAGGAGUGGCGGCCAAAACUACAGGUAGCUAAGCCUGCUCAAAAGAAAGCUGGAGACCACUAUGAGCUGGUCCCGGCUCCGGAGCCACGACCGCCCUGUCCAUCCAAGUAUUCACUCGCUUGCAUCCUGCUGGAUGGCCAGGUUGAGCUGACAUGUGUUGGUGGUCACACUCUUCGUGUGCAUGGCCACCAUCUGAAGUUGUACCUCAAGAGCGAUGUGGAUCCUCUCUUGGAGGCACCUAUUCCUACACCUCUCUGAGCAUCCACUCUCUGCGUCCAGCUAAAGACGUAAAAGAAGCGCUUGUGGAGAGGCAACCCCACCAUGGAUUGCUUUUUUUUUUUUUUUGGGUUUUCCACUUGGAACUAUGGUUUCUAUCACCCAUUGUGUUUUGAUAAAUCUAGCUCGGUUCCUUUAAAUUGGUCCCGUUCGAGUCCCUUGCUCUUGACUGGUCUGCCACAGUUCCCGCUCAUCAUUUUCUAGUAACAUCAUUCCCCUUUCCUCUGCUCCAUUGAGGACAAUGUCGAACUUAAGUAUGGGUGGGGGGGGGGGUGCUUUGUAUUUAUUGGAACAUAUAUAUGUGUGCUUGGAGCCUAGUCCGUUGUCCAAAUCUCGAGAAUUGAGUACUCCAAGUACUGAUGUUUGCAUGAUCAUGUUGGCACUAUGGUUUGCGUGGUGAAUUGAAUGGCUGUUAAAGUUUAUGCAUGACAACUUGAUUGUGACUAGGACAACCUAUAAUGAUGACCUAGACUUGCAAUAGAGUUGUGUAGGGGUUCAGUUUUUCAAUUUUUUGCUUACCAACUGUGACUUGGAUUGAUCACUUAUUAUCUAUAGUUGUUUAUGCAUCUAGUUCAAUGAAUCAAAAUGAGAGAUAGUGCAUAUAGGUAGCCAUGUGAGAUUUGAGCCUACUCAUUUCUUUCUCGUGCGAUAGAUCCCUCUUCCAUGAUGUGUAGCAUUCACGUUGUGUCUAGUUAGGAUGAUGGAGGCAUAGGAUUAGCCAACGACCAAAUUGACUAUCCCUGUGUGUCAAACCCCUAGUCAGCCCCUUUGAGCCGUGUAACUUUCUUUCUUCUGGUCUACAAUGAAAAAUCAUUCUUAUGCAUCUCUUAGAGGUUCCAUAGAGUGAUUUUUGCAUCUAUUCUGUUGUUUUUGCUGAAAAUAAUAUGAGGGUUGGAGGUAGUUCUUAAAAAGUGGGCAUGUUUGCAAGGAAAAGGAUGUGUAAAAGUGGUGGUUCUCUCGAGAAAAAAAGAGAAGUAGAAAAAAAUAAAUGAAAACAAAAGAGAACCACCAUAAAAAUCUUUAUCAUGCUCGUUAAUUGUGUUUCUUAGCAGUCUGGCUUAGAAUUACUAGCAUCAUUGUGACCUCCUUCACUCUUGUACUCUAAAGAACUGGAUUAAUACAGAAUGGAAGAAAAAAAGGUAAAUGGUUUGAAUGAUUGUAACUGUGUUGGUUUUGGACCUGUGGAACCUUGUGUUAUCACUUCUUCCACCACCUAAAAGGCCUUUUCCCCAAGUCCAAGACUCUAGCCAGUCCUCUGAACCCGUGUCUAAGACCUACUGACUAGUUAGUGGUGACACUCGAUAUGUGAACUCUAGCAUUUAGAGGCUGCCAUCAUGGUGAAGAGACGUUAGGAUUGAGAGAAUAAGCAUGCGCAUUUUUCACAUCAAAAUGUCCUGGCCCCACUGGUCGAGAGUGAGUGAUUAAUUUCCUUAUAUUCUUUACAUUCUUUACCCCGGUGAGGACCUAGAUUGCUCGAUCUUGAUUAUGAUGUUUUGAGUUUUAUGCAUGAGGUGACUAUCUUGAAUAAGUGGUUGCGUCAAGUCUAGGUUGUUUGGUAAACAGAAGGGAGACUCUUCCUUUACUCGAUUUUCUGCACUCGAAUGUCAUUUGUGGUGGUUGUCUAGGUUGCUGUUGAGGUUGUUCAUGUGUUGAUGUCUAAAAGCUAGUAUGAUUCACGUGUUGUGUGCUCAUAUGAUGUGUCCCGAAAGUUUGCAUGAUUAAAAUGGUUUGUGCUUACCUUUUAUCUAACUUGGUUUGCUUGGGGACAAGCAAACGCUUAAGUGUGGAGGGAUUUGAUAACGUCAUAUUUGCAUAUGUUUGCACCCUUAUAUCUUAAUCGUUUUGACUCGAUUUUGUUGCUCCUUGGCCUAUUUUAUGCUAGGUUGUGCUAUUCUGUAAUAUCUCAGAUCCUAGCAGGUGUAUGAAGGUUUAGGCGCAAGUUUCGGGUUGUUUGGAGAUCAUUUGGAGAUUCUGGAGAUGAAAUACGGGCAGGCAAGGAGAAAAGCACGACCGUGCUUUUCAUCAUCUUGCCAGUGCUUUUACUGACGAGAGUUAACCAUGAAGAGUGAUGAAGAAAACCAAAGCACGGGUAGUGGAGGAGAAAAGCACGACUGUGCUUAGUUAAACACCGCCAGUAUUUCACCCAAACUUGCCCGUGUUUCUCCCGUUUUGCACUAAGUGAAACGCGCAUUUUUGGCAAAGCACGGUCAAGGGAGUAAGCACGACUGUGCUUCUGCCCGAAUUCGCCCAAAUAGGGUUUAAAGAGGUAGAUUCGAGCCCAAGGAAGGGGAUUGGACUUUUUGGAGAAAAACAGAGUUCUAGAGGGAGAAAGUGUGAAGAACAAACCCUAGGAGCUAUUUGGAGUGGAUUUGUCACCAUUGAAGCACAUAUUGCAUCCCCAGGAGUGAAGAUUGAAAUCCCAGAGCAGAUUAUUCCCAUCUUUAUGAGCAUGACUGCUUCGAUUUUGGUUUUCCUCUAUCUCUCUAUGGAGUAGACCUUUCUCUCACUUGGGUAUGAAGAACCCUAGUUCCAUGUGUUAGGGAUCUUGAUUGUAAUGACUUUUGGAUUGAUAUAUUGUUUGAUUAUAAAUCAAUUGAAGUGUGUUUAUUUAGUCAAUUGGAUCUUGAUCAACUUCUUUUGAUUUUUGCCACCAGAACCUUCAUCAUCUACCUUUUCGGCCAAAUCUCUUGGCUCAACUAUCACACCAUGAUUGGUUCCUACACCUCCACUCACGCCUUGCUAAGUGUAGAUCUACACCGAGUUUUGUUGCCAAUUUUCUUCUCCUUCUUUGUAUACAACAACUCCUUGACUCUACAAUUCACUUCCGUCUUCAUUGUCCUCUAUUUGCUUGAGCUUAAGCCAAAAAUGCUGAAUGAAUUUAAUGUUUCUAU